UCGGUUUACCUCCUUCCUUCCUUCUUUGCGUCCGUCGCUAACGCGUUCCUUCCCUUGUCUGAAGGUCUCCCAUCUACCCCUAUCUCGAAUCAUCGACCUCGACGAACAUCCUUUCGAAACCUCUUCCCCGACGCGUCCUUGCCUGAGAACGACAUCGAAUCAAUAUCAUACCAUACUGCCCACUGGGUUCAACAUUCGAUAGCUAUGUCUCUCUUCGUCCUAUCCCAUGUAUGUGGUCGCGAAUCCGAACGAAGAAAACUACCGACGGUGGCAGCAGCACCCAGUCCAGUUCACACUGGUAAAUGGCGCUGUAUGACCUGCAAGGAACCCACAUUCUCGCGCCACUGCGGUGACUGUCAAUCCAACUGGUUUUGCAGCACUAAGUGUCAGAGGGAGAAAGCCCACAACAUCGAUGCUGCCAACUACAUGGCCCUGUGCCCCGCGAAGCACAAACGACUAGAUACCCACCACUACCUCGCCGAAUCCCUCAGAGCCGGUACCUGCGAGCCUCCCACGGACCCGCAAACACGAGAAGACUUCGGAUUCGAUCUAUGCCGCUAUGGAAAUAAGCAAGAGGAACGCCUCCUGUGGGCGACAUACAAAUGCCUUGGCUGUUUCUUCGGCCUCGACAGCGUCGUUAUCUAGGGGUGGAUGAUUGCCAGGGGCAAGACAUUACUCGCCGAGAUGAUCAAGAAGAAAUUUUCCAACGUUCGCCUUAUUACGAAGGAUGUAUACACCUGGUGGUUCCGUCACAAUAUCUGGGUCAUCCUACCCGAGGACAGCAGAAAGGGAUAUGCCAUGACGACCCAUAACAAUCUCGUCUGGGAAUGCGCCAU